AUGAACGAAGAGCAUUUGGAAAGUGGUACGCUCUACGUGGCAACGUGGUCGAACCUUGCUUCAUUACCAGUUCCACUUGAAGCACUUGAUUACGAGGCCACUGACGAAGCUCCCUUGAUGAGGGAGCGCGAAAACUUUGACGGGCUGCCUGCGCAGCCGUUGCUCCCUCUCGACACCAGCCAGCAACAGGCCCAAUGGACAAAUGUACGGCAGCAGUCAUAUGAUCCAGCAUCAAUCUUUGCAUCUCAUUCCGAGAACCUCUUGAUACAAAGCCAAGUUUCGGCUGUCCAUUCCUCGUUCCUGUCGGCCCUGGGCUCCUCGACCCUUAAGAGACCCAGCUCUUCCAUCUCAACUGCACCUGUGCUGUCUGCGUAUAACCAGGAAGCCGCAUAUAUUCCCCUACUUGGCAAUGGCCUACAAAACUCUGGAGGCGAAUUCCAGAUCUCUCAAUACAAUCCGUAUGGUCACAUACGAUCUACUGGUACUACCAUCCUCGAGGAAUGGAUGUCGCGUAAAAGAACUCAAGUUUGUCAUUCGUUUCAUGCUUCCGGUAUCUAUCGCCGGAAAAUACAGCUCUCUCAAGGGAUACCUGGUCUCGUCCUGAACGUCCCAGUCGUUCCGUACGCGAUGGGACGUCAAGACAAGACUUGGUACGUCUGGAAAGACGCCAAUAAGGAGAUUCAGCAUAUGAACAUGCCCCCAUACUACAUCUGUGACAUGCAAUCAAUCAGCCAUGCUCUUCUUCAACGAUUUAGAAGCGACUCAGCAGGCCAAUACUUGAUAUCACUCUUGGGCGACGAAGGAGAUGUCAUUAGAGAGGCUUUCCGCGAAGCCCAUCGCGUCAGCCAAAACUCUCUAUUUCUCCGACAUGCUCUAGAUAUGUGGUGUGGUACGCGCUUCACGGAGCUGACGUGGACGAUAUGUGGUGAUGACAAGCUCGAAUUCGAGCCCCCAACGGAAACCGACAACCCCUGGUACGGCACCGUUCCAGUGACGCCAAUAAUGGACACACAACUAGAUGAGAUCGCCAUCAAUUCCUUUCUGAAGCCACACGCCACCCAGUUCCUUCGAGAGCUUCGUCGUAAAAUGGAGAACCGCGAUACCACCGAUUGGUAUGAGGUUCUCCUAGCGUUGAUCAUUAUCCUCCAUAAUUUCCAACGCAUCUUCAAAGAUGUAGUAGAGUACACCACUCGUCAUGGCAUGGAAAAAUCCAAAUUCCGUGGUCGCCCUUCUUUAUCGGAGCGAAACGUAUUCACAUGCAAGUCCUUACUCGCAUACUUCCACUUCGCUUACCUCGGCUCGAAGAGGUUCUUCUCGGUCAUCGAAACUGGCAAAGAUGAAGAACCAAUGCCUGAACAGCAGCAAAGGUUUGUGUAUACUUUACGACACUUCAUGAUCAGGGAAGGUCAAUUAAAAGACUGGCAACAAAGAGACAUGUACCAAGACUCGAUGUUCUGGGUCAUUCAACUCCUGAUAGUGGACUGGAAGAGCGACUUCGACCCUAUCAGGCCAAACGACGACUUCACAGAGGAAGACUUUCUCACAUCAUAG